UUAGAUUAGCAUCAUCUCUUUAUUAGUCACUAAUAAAAAAAUAUAUAUAUUUGAUGAUUGAAGUGAAUUUUCAAAAACAAUACCAGCAUAGCAAAACAAAUCAAAUGGGGAACUACCUUUUGAUUUUAUUUCUCCUUUUUGUCCAUGGGAUUAUUACUGCACAAAGUCAACUCUCUGUUUCUGAUCAGAUUCUUCCGCCGAGCUGUCCGGCGCCGGAUCCUACACUUAAUUACCGGCCGAUCAUCGGAAUCGUGAGUCAUCCCGGCGAUGGCGCCACCGGCCGACUCAGCAACGCCACUAAUGUCUCUUACAUUGCAGCUUCCUACGUUAAAUUUGCUGAAAUGGCCGGUGCUAGAGUCAUUCCCCUCAUAUACACAGAGCCUCCCGAAGUUCUCAAUCAAAAGCUUAAUCUAGUAAAUGGCAUUAUCUUCACGGGAGGGUGGGCCAAAGAUGGUCUAUAUUUUGAUGUUAUUAAAGGAAUUUUCCAGAAAGUUUUGGAGAAGAACGAUGCUGGUGAACACUUUCCUUUACUUGCAAUCUGCUUGGGGUAUGAACUUUUAACAAUGAUCAUCACCAAUGACAACAAUAUUCUUGAGGAAUUCAGUGCAGUGAGCCAAGCAUCUACAGUACAGUUUGUGGAAAAUGUAAAUAUUGACGGAACAGUAUUUGGAAGAUUUCCCCCUGUGUUGCUAAAGAAGAUGAGUAUAGAUUGCCUUGUGAUGCAAAAUCAUCAUUUUGGUAUAUCACCAGAAAGAUUUCAAGCGAAUAAAGAUUUGAGUAGCUUUUUCAGGGUAUUGACAACUAGUACAGAUGAAAACAACAAGGUCUAUGUCUCCACUAUUCAAGCAACACGCUAUCCUAUAGCUGCUUUCCAAUGGCACCCAGAGAAAAAUGUUUUCGAAUGGGGUUCAUCAAGGAUUCCACAUUCUGAAGAUGCGAUUCAAGUCACUACACAUGUUGCCAACUAUUUUAUAAGUGAAGCUAGAAAAUCAUCUAACAAGCCAGUGGCGCGGGAAGUGCUUGAUAGUCUCAUAUACAAUUACAAUCCCACUUAUGGUGGGAAGGCAGGGAAGGGUUAUGACGAGGUUUAUCUCUUCACUCCGCAUUCUUCCUCGAGCUCCAUGUAGAGAAAAAAACACCAGUUUAGUUGAGCAAUAACAACUGCACAAUCUAAUUGAUGCAUAUGAAGUUCUACUCGAGAGUUAAUGUUAGUGUGUGAUGUAAACCGCGUUGCAACUGGCGUUCAAUCUCCGGAUACAGUUCUCACAACCAAAUGGGGAGGGAGGUAAAACUAGUUGUAUCAUAUUUGUUAGAGGUGGAUCCAAGAUUUUAAGCUUAUCAGUUCUGGACCACAAGCCUUUUAUCUUAAUGGAGAUUAUGUAUUAUUUAUGCAUAUUAAGAAACAUUUUAAAACAUAAA